AUGGAGUUUUGGUCGGGUUUACCCAGUCUAGAACAUCCACUACGCAUGGAUAUUCUUUGCCGCAGUGACAAAGUACGACCGAUCUACACUCCAGAUACAGUACGGAGUAGUAGUGGACCUGUCAAAGGCUCAAAGUAUGCACCGCCUCCUCCUCCCCCGAGUCCUACCACCAGUGGAGAAGGCUCAGACUCUGCUGAGCAACGGAGAAUUCGGGUAGCGCAAUUUCUUGGCACUGUCAGAGGUGAUGCCGAUGAUCUGCCGAUCCUACUCCUUCGGGGCGGAAUUCGAAGAGAAAUGCGUCGUACGCUCAAAUAA